AUGGAAAAUUGUUCAACAGAAAAAUCUGCUAUUGAUUUAGCAUUGGAAAUUUAUUCAUCAUGUUUGAAAGAUUUUAAAGUAAAUUGUAUUAAACCGAAAGCUUUAAGUUGGUUAAGUAAAGCUGUACAACAAGAUGAAAUCAAAAUAACAAAUGAAUUAACAAUUGUUAGAACGGGCGAAGAUAAUGGUUUUGAUUUUGAUAAACAACAACAAAGAUCUGGAAAACGAGAUGCUAGACUUGAAUUAUUUGAUAAAAUUGAUAGUUUUCUAGCAACACAUUCAUUAAAAAUUAAUGCACCUGAAUUUUUAAAAUCAUCUGAAGCAAGAUCAUUUAUUCCAAAUUCAUAUUUAGAAGGAGGUUUAACACAAGGUGUUGAAAUUCCAUUAACCGAUGGAAAUGCUGUAGAAGGUCGAGGUUUUGUCAAAAGAAUUAUGUUGCCAUUCUUAUUAGGUUUAAAAUUUAAAUCGACAGUUUUAGUUCCACUUGCCUUAUCUUUAAUUGCAUUAAAAACAUGGAAAGCUAUGACAUUAGGUUUAUUAUCAUUAGUCUUAUCUGGUGCUAUUCUAAUAUUUAAGGUUGCAAAACCAAAGUUCGCACAUUACGAAGUUGUACACUAUCCACAUCAUCAUCACGUUGAACAUCAUGUUGAUCAUAUUGUACCACACCACCAUAUCGAUCAUAUUGUUCCACAUCAUGUAGAUCAUAUUGUACCACAUCAUCAUAUCGAUCAUAUUGUACCACAUCAUCAUAUCGAUCAUAUUGUACCACAUCAUAUUGAACAUAUUGUUCCACAUCAUAUAGAUCAUCAUAUAGAUCAUGUGCCACAUCAUAUUGAACAUAUUGUUCCACAUGAGCAUGUUGUACCACAUCACAUCGAUCAUCAUCAUAUUGAUCAUCAUCAUAUCGAUCAUCAUGAUCAUAUUGAUGCACCUCAUGGUUGGGCUAGAUCAUCAGACAAUGGGCAACCGCAGGAUGCUCAAGAAAUUGCGUACAAAGGACAAAUUCCAAAUUAA